ACCAAUAAGACAUAUAUAAUGACGAACGCUCCGAGGAGGUGCAAAGUACGUCUGAGUAUUGCGAUCAACGUAUUGAAAAGCUCGUGGAUAACACAUUAUCUUUUCUGUAGAAAAAAUAGUUAGUCUCAUCGUACCGAAGAAAAUAGUUCAAUCUGAAAUUUUAUAAUUGCUGCUUCAUCUGACAGGAAGAUUUGGCGAGAAAUAUGAAAAUUUUGGGCGUGAAAUUUGUACCGUUAAAUGAAACUUUGGAAGAAAGACUACAAACGUUGGCUGCCGCAUUCUGGACAUUUACUUUCGCUUUCGGUGAUUUUUGUGGACUCUUACUCACGGCGUAUCUUCUACUUUACACAAAAACAAUACGUUAUUUGUUGCUACUGUAUUUUCUCUGGAUGUAUUAUGAUUGGGACACUUGCAAUCGUGGCGGUAGAAGUGAAUUGUGGACAAGAUUAACAAAAAACAACAUAUCAUUGCGCCUUUUUUGCAAUUAUUUUCCAAUCAAAUUAGUGAAAACGGUUGAUCUAGAUCCCAAAAAGUCUUACCUCUUCAUUUGUGUGCCUCAUGGAAUUUUACCAAUGGGAGCAAUGGGAUUGAUAUCAGAUGUAUUGGAUUGUAAGAAGCUAUUUCCUGGUCUAGACAUGCGUGGAAUCACUAUGGAUCAACACUUUAAAAUACCAAUAUUCAGAGAAUAUUUUUAUUCAUUGGGUUUAUGUGCUUCUAAUGUGGAAAGUCUCAGGUAUUUACUAUCAACAUCACCGAAAAGUCCAUAUACCGGAAGAGCUACGAUUCUCGCUGUCGGUGGUGCUGCCGAAGCGUUGGAAUCUAUACCGGGCACUUAUCGUGUACUUGUGAAAAAAAGAAAAGGUUUCGUAAAAUUAGCAUUACAGCAUGGCACAUCAUUGGUUCCUGUUGUCGCGUUUGGUCAAACGGAUUUGUACGAUCAAAUAUAUGGUCCAGAAGGAUCGACUUUUCGACGCAUACAGAACUAUAUUCGAAGGUUUAUUGGAUUGGCACCCGUCAUUUUUAAUGGCAGAGGAUUAUUUCAGUAUUCAUUCGGCAUUAUUCCGAAGCGAAAACCUAUUACCACAGUUGUUGGCAGUCCUAUCGAACUACCAAAAAUAGAGAAACCCACGUCCGAGGAAAUUAACAAAUAUCUUGAAAAAUUCAUAAAACAUUUGAUUGAACUUUUUGAAACGCAAAAGUACAAUUAUAUUAAAAAUGCAGAGAAAGUUACUCUCGAUCUCUUAUAAAAUGUAUAUUCGAUAUGUAUGGUAUAUUCUAUAAGGAACAUUUAUUUCUAUUUUAAAAUUCUUGUUCUAAAGAUUGCUGUUUAGAAAUAUAGAGAUAGCUUAAAAAGAUAGCUUUAAAAGAUCUUGAAAAAAAUAUAAUUAUAUAUUUUAAUUACGUAUAUUAUUAUGCAAUCCAUUUAAUCUCUUUUACUUAUAAAGCCUAAAUAUGCAAAUGAGAAACACAAAGUCAAAAUUUAUAAGCAAGUACGCAUAAGAGAAUAUA